AUGUACUAUAAAGGUAGCUAUAAUAAUUAUAACAGCAAUAAAAAUAAUAAACCACCUUGCAGGUUUUUCCAGCAAGGUUCAUGUUACAAAGGUAGUAAAUGUUCGUUUGCACAUGUUUAUGCAAAUAACAGUAGUAACAGCAGUAAUAGUAGCAGCAAUAAUAACACAAGCAAGGAUGAUAAAUUUAUUAAAACUUUUGAAGGUAAAACACCGAAUGAAGCGGUUCAAUAUUUCACAAGCGAUAACUUGGUUGGCAAAAUAGAAAGUGAAAUUGUAUCUGAUAUAAACAUUAGCGCAAAAGCAAUAAAAUCUAACCCUUUAUUGUCAUCAUAUUCAAUGCCCAAUCCAUGCACUGUUUUAUUAAUAGAGCCUUCAAGAGAAUUAUCUCCAGAAGAGUUACGAUGGAAGUAUUAUGAUGCAAAACAGAAAAACUCAUUAACCGCAUAUGAAAAUGAAAUCAAAGCAAGAGAAGCUGAUAUGCAAAAGUGUAUGGAAUAUAUUAAAAAUAACAGUAAGAAAGCUGCGAGAUAUUUACAAAUUGGGACUAAAAAUAAUCUUCAAAAUGCUCAGAGUGGUAAUUUAAAACCGUUUAUAGAUUUUCCAAUUGAUUUUAAUAACGUAUCUUCAUCUACUUCUCAACCGUUUGGUCAAAUAGCAUCUCCAUUUGGCCAACCAACAAAUUCAGCAUUCGGUACCCCUAGCUUUGGCUCUUCGCAAGGAAAUAGCAGUUCCGGAAGUGUCUUUGGCACACCGAGUUUUUCAAAUAAUACUAAUAGCAACGCUGAUGCGUCUAAUGUAUUUGGCAAGCCAGCCUUUGGAGCAACAAAUAACGCCAAUGGUACUGGCAUAGGUAGCGCGUUUGGAGCACCUACAUUUGGUUCAACAGUAACAUCAAAUAAUGCCAACAGUAAUAGCGCUGGUAGUGCAUUUGGUGCGCCUGCAUUUGGCACACCUGCAUUUGGAGCAACUUCAUUUGGUUCAACGGCAGCACCAAACAAUAAUAACAAUAACAGUGUUGGUAGUGCAUUUGGUGCACCCGCUUUUGGCUCAACAACAGUAUCAAAUAAUUCUACCGCGUUUAACUCAACAACGACUCUAAAUGCCGCUAAUCCUUUUGGCUCCAUAAUGCCUGCAUUAACUAAUAACAAUAUAGACAAAAAUACCGAUACUUUUUUUAAAUCAGCAUUUGGCACUCCAACAGCAGCUAAUGGACAAAAACAAUCAGGUAUUGCUAAUCCCUUUGAUGCAAGUGCUCCUAAACCCAAUUUAUUUACUCAAAAUUUGAAUAGUCCCAAUUCUACUGACACUUCGUCUCCAUUUGGAACAGGUAGUUUUGGAAAACCCUUCAGUAACCCUGCUGGGUUUAAAGCAAAUGAGAACACUACUGCAAAUGGAUCCCCAUUUGCUGCCAAUACUAGUAAUCAACAGACGAACCCUCCCAAAAAUGAUUUACCGUUCGGAAAUACCAACAACACCCCUAACACUGCUGUUUUUACUACCAAUACAAAUGGUAAUCAGUUUGGACAAGCAUUACAGAGUCAAAACCAUUCUCCAUUUGGAGUUAAUGUUCAAGAUUCUAAUUCUAGGCUUGCCAAUAGUAAUACAAACACUAUACAUCAAAGAUUUAUUCAGGGGAAACUCCACAAAGAAAUUAAGGAGGAAGAUUUGCCAGAAUCGGUUAUUAGUGCCUUUAAGUCUGAAUUCUUUGUUUUAGGGGAAGUUCCAGACGUACCACCACCAAUAACUUUAAUACGUUAG